AAAGUUAGCAUGUUAAAAUAUUAUUUGUUUUGCCUAACAUUUAUCACUGUUUUUGUGUUUAUCAGUGCUUACUAUCCAAAUGCGGACUCAUUUGAUACGGACUAUAAUGAUGACAGAGUCGGCGGCAGAUAUCCAUCGAUUGGCCAAAGAUCGGGUGGUAGUAGUGAUGGCGGACGCAGAAAACUGCCAAACGGUUGGGCCGGCACACCGGUAGGGGGUAGAAGUUUGAUUGGCGGUGGCGGUGGUUAUGGUGGUGGUAGACAGUAUGGCCGCCAUCAUCAUCGUCAAAGUGGAGGACACAUGAGGAGGUCAGGCGGUAGUGGCGGUCAUGGAUACGGCAGUAGUCGUCGAAGAUAUAAUGAUGGCUACAAUGACUACUACAACGAUGACGACGACGCCGGUAUCAGUAGUUAUUCAUCGCUGGGCGACAGUAGUGGUGGUAGUAGUGGUGGUCGUCCCUAUAAACAGGCCCGUAUGUCCGGUCCGGACCUAUAUCACGAUGAACAGGGACCACACUACGAUAAUGACAAUCCACGUUUGGCUAAACCAGUUAUCAGUUAUUAUCCUAGAUAUGAUGGCAAUCAGAUAACUGAUAAACAGUAUAAAAAACUAUUGAACAAAUAUAAGCAACAAUCAAAAGCUAACGGUGCUGCUGGUAGUGCUGCUGCUGCUGAUCCACAUCAUAAAGCACAUGGAGUUGCUGUCGAUAUUGGUAUCAGUAGUUAUUCGGGUCUAAACUCUAUGGAUAGUACCGACAGCAGCGGCAGCGGCGGUGGCGGCGGUGGUGGCCAUCAACAACAAAGCGGGCAACGGCGGCCAUACAAGAUGUUAGUAAUGACAGGUCCGGACCUAAGUCAGGACGAACAUGGCCUACAUUAUGGCAAAUCAAUGGCUAAGCCGGUGAUUGGCUAUCAUGAUGGCCAGGGGAAUAGGGUUAGCAAACAGGAAUACGAACUACUGGUCAGUAGGUAUAAUAGUGGUAGUAGUACUGGUGGUGUGGGUGUUGGUGGUGGUGGUGGUGGUGGUGGUGGUGGUAUCGGUGGUAUAGGCAAUGAUGAUGAACAAGGAGUCGCUACCGGCCGGCCCUACAAAGAAAUAGUAAUGUUAGGACCGCCUGUCUGGCGGGACGAACAAGGGGUACACUAUGACAAUAUGGCCAGUGAGCCAGUUAUUAGCUACUAUGAUGAACAAGGAAACAGUAUUAAUAAGGAACAGUACGAUAGACUGAUCAGAAAAUACCCGGGCGCUGAUACCGAUGAUACUAUCAAUUUUAAUGGCGGCCGCGGCCGCAGUCAACCGUAUAAAAAAGUGAUACUAACCGGUUCGGGUGUCUAUCACGAUGAACGUGGACCGCAUUAUGAUGACCACAAUAGUCAUCCUCCUCAGCAACCAGUGAUUGAAUAUUAUGAUGGAAAGGGAAACAGGAUUACCAAACGUGAAUACGAUUGGCUAAAACAUAAACAGUAGUAAUUUAUAAGAAAAUAGGUUGGUUGCAUAGGUAGGUGCUGAUGAUGAUGAUGAUGAUGAUGAUGGUGGUGCUGAUUGUGGGUGGGUUAGGUUUUUUUUAAUUUACUACUACUACUACUACUACUACUACUACUACUACUACUAAUACUACUACUACUACUACUACUACUACUACUACUACUACUACUACUACUACUACU